CUUCAAUAGUUAACGCUGUUCAGCUCAGCUCUCUCUCUAUCCAUCUUCAUGUCUAUCUCAUUAAUCUCAUCAUCAUGAAACAACCCCGUCGCAUCAUUCUCUGCCUCGAUGGCACUGGCAACCAAUUCCAAGGCAAUGAAUCAGACACCAACGUUGUCAAGAUCUACAGAUGCUGGAUCGGUAUUCCCCUGGUAAAUUCCAUAUUACCCGCAUAUGUCUUCUUCCUCUGUCUAUCUGUAUAGUUUCAACUGAACUAACCCCUCAGCUGGCAUUGGCACAUAUGUCAACGCCCCAGCCUCCAGAGUCACUUACUACAACCCCUGGCCCAAAAUUAC